AUGUUGUUACGUCUCGCAAUCCUCGCGUCAUCACUUCUCUUUGCCGGCUUCACCUAUGCCGACACAUGCAGCUCCGUCGAAGCCCUGGGCUACAUCAACGUAACCCGGCAGCUCGACCUCGCCUACAUUGAAGAGCAGACGCAAUACUGGUCGACAUCUUGCAGCGCUCUUCUUCCCUCCUGUAUCAUCUUCCCCAAAUCUGUCGAGGAAGUCUCUACAGUCGUUAAAAUUCUCGCCAACACUACCGAGCAAUUUGCUGUUAAGUCUGGCGGACACAAUCCCAACAAUUACUUCUCGAGCGUGGAUGGCGGACCAUUGAUCUGCACGGAGCAUCUGGAUCAAGCGAACUUAAACCAGGCGACCGGUGUCGUAGAUGUGGGGCCGGGAAAUCGGCUCGACGGGAUAGCCGCGAAGCUACAGGGUAGCGGGUGGACGUUUGUCGGUGGACGGAUUGGAAACACAGGCGUUGGUGGCCUGGUGCUGGGUGGCGGAUUGUCGUACAUGUCUGCCCAGUAUGGUUGGGCCGCAUCCCAGGUCUUAGAGUAUGAGAUAGUAUUCGCCAACGGCACUAUCGGCCAUGUCAAUAAGGACAACUACCCGGACCUAUUCAAAUCGCUAAAGGGCGGCGGGAACAAUUUCGGCAUCGUCACAAACUAUCGGCUCCAAGCGCAUCCGCAAGCAAACAUCUGGGGAGGCAAUCUGGUUUACCUCAGGACCCCGGAGAAUGACAAAAAAUUGCUCAAGGCAGUCCGCGACUUCACCGAGUUAAACACGGACCCAAAGGCGGCGGUUAUCGUGACCGCCGAACGCGCGAAUGUGAACGUCGUUGACAGCUGGAUCAUCUUCCUCUUCUACGACGGCCCGACUCCUCCGGCUGGUAUCUUUGACGACUUCAUUGAGGCUGAUCCGUUACUCAACACCUGCAUGGAGCAAACAUACGCAUCGCUCAUGGCUGGCAGCAAUUGGGUCAUCGUCAAGGCGGAAGUGGUGCAAAUCGCGACCGAAACCAUUCCUCUCCCGUCUUCCGAGAAUGAAGUCGAAGUUAUGGAAGGCAUCCACAACUGGUGGCGCAACAUAACCGCCACGACGCUUCUUGAGCCUGGUAUCAUACCCUCCAUUGCGUGGCAGCCCUUCCCCAAGGCUAUAGCCCGCGAAGCGCGUGCUCGGAGCCCCGACCUUAUCGAUGCCGAUGAUGAUGUUGACCGUAUCAUUAUCGAAAUGAAUUAUGCCUUCCUUUCGCUGCCGAAUUAUGACCAGAUGGCCGACACGAUGGAGGCGACGUACUCGGGCGUUCGCGAUCGGGUGCUCGCAUGGCAGGCGGACGGGACGCUGCAGCAGGCAUAUCUGCCGCUUAUGAUGAACUAUGGUUUCUAUCGUCAGGAUUACUGGGGACGGCUGCGGCCGGAGAGUAGAGCACUAGCGAGGUCAGUACAAGAGGAUGUGGACCCGGAGGGGAUGUUCCGGACUAGGACGGGAGGCUGGAGACCCUGAUUGAAG